CCACAGAGCAGAGCGCGGAGUCGAUAUAGUUGGGUCUCACUCGGGGAAUGUUCAUCGUUUCAUCCUCAUCAAGCCUCCUGCACUAGUUCACCAGCAGCUCUUAGCUGUCAUCAUAAACUCUACUGAACGGAAUACAGUGACGCACUGACUGAGCGGAGAUGAUCCCGGAGGUUUCUGCCGCCGCGAGUUUCGUCUGCAGACUGUUGCGCAGCCGCGGGCGCUUGAGUGACGCGCAGCUACACGUGUUUAGAGACGGUCUCGCGCAGGCGCUGUCAGAACACUACCAGCACCACUGGUUCCCCGACAGGCCGCAGAAGGGAUCCGGUUACCGCUGCAUACGGAUCAAUCACGAAAUGGACCCUCUGAUCGGCCGAGCGGCCGGCCGUAUCGGACUGACCAGCGGGCAGCUUUUCUCGCUCCUGCCGCGGGAGCUGACGCUGUGGGUCGACCCGUACGAAGUGUCCUACCGCAUCGGCGAGGACGGCUCCAUUUGCGUUCUCUACGAGGCCGAGCCGCCCGUCUCAAGCCCCGCCCCCUCGGUGUACGACCAGACGGCGAACUGCAAAAACCGCUACAUGAUGAGCGGCCGGACAAGUCCGCCGAAAAGCUACCUGAUGAUGGUGUCCAGCUGAACGCACGCGACCGACCGACCGACCAACCGCCAACGAGAGUUUACCUAAGUUCCCGCGACUUCACGGCCUGAUCCUAAUCCUUUAUUUAAGAUGAACUUUAAAGCACUGGUUGUUACACGACUGGACGACUGACUCUAGAGAUAUUUCGGCACUGUGACUCUUGUUUGUUUUUACGAUCCCAAAACAGGUUUUGGGUGUUUCCACUGGUGCUCGCGCGCGGUUUUAGCGCAAUUACGAUGAUACCUCACGAGAAUGUAAAGCAAUUAAGGGCCUGAAACGUACUUAUUUCUAUAAGCUCACAAAGGUUCUCUUCAAACUCAACCAUGAUGAUGAUAAUAAUAAAACUAGUUUGCGUUUUAUAGCGCCACCUGUGGUGGCUUCGAGAAUGCAACGUAUUUGCGUUAAGUACGUUUCAGGUGGUGCUUCAUGAUUUCUGCAGGAGCUGCUAACGAAAGAUGUAUAUAUCAAAUAUACUUUAAUACAAUGAACAAACUCCCAUAAUCCCCUCUUGCCUUAACCACAGCGCCACCGCUCCCUUAAUAAACGUCACUGCCUGGCUCUUUAAGUCUUACUGUGCAAUAUUCAGGCAAUACGCUCUUGAAACGAGUCGCGCGGACUGGAGGCUCCACCGCUGGCGUCUCUAGUGGAAGUGAUUGUGUUUUCCCAGAAUGCUUUGCGUGUGUUGGUUGGUUUGGGGCGGGAGUGCUAGCAGAGACUCGUCUGUAGUAUCUCGCGGGCUGCUGAGCAGCUCGUUUACUGUUUUAGAUGUAGUUUGUAAGCUAUUUCAGAGCAGAGUUGCUUUUAAUGUAAAUUU